AUGGCGGGGGAUCCGACACCUGAGCUUCUUUUUUUGGACACAUUCAAACACCAAAGCGCAGAGUUUACCAAUGUGGAUGUGGUGCGCUUUCCCUGCGUUGUGAUUAUCACAGAGGUCCGUGUUAUUCCUCCUGGAAUCAAAGCACAUAGCAACUUACCUGACAGCAGAGCAUGCGGAGAGACAUCCCCACAUGCCUUCCAGCUGGAGCUGUUCUUCAAUAAUGUCCCCAAACCUAACAGCCCCACUUUUAACAGACUUGGCAGUCUGGAAUAUGACGAGAAUAAGUCGAUUGUCUUCAGACCCAGUGGAAAGAUUAACACAGAUGGCCUGGUGCUGCGUGGCUGGUACACCACUCUGACCUUGGCUAUUUACGGCACAGCGGAGCGUUCACACGGACACGAACAAAGCUCACCUCCACCGCCACCUCCCCCACCCCUUCAACAACCGUGUGGGCCCAAGAGACUUGUUAAACAAGGUGAUCAUCUUUCAAAAGAGCAUUCAUGGGAAAAAGAUGACCAAUACAAUGGGAGCCCACCGAGACCAGCACCCCGAGGACCUCGCACUCCACCUGGGCCCCCGCCCCCUGACGAUGACGACGAGGAGCAAGUCCAAGUGCCAGGAGUGAGCUGUGACAUGGUCAAAGAUGAACCACGCGAAGGCCGUGAGGACUACCUGGAGGCCGUGUCACCUGAAAGGUCACUGGCUGCCGAUGAAGCAUAUUCUGAUGCUGAGCAAGAGGAGGGUGAGGACGAAGAGGAGGAGCAAGAGGAGGAAGAUGACGUUCGAACAGAGGGGAGCGCUCCAGAAGAUGAGGAAGAAGAGGAAGAUGAGGGUGAGGACGAGGAGAUGGAGGAAGGUGAUGAUGGCUAUGAACAGAUUUCUAGUGACGAGGAUGAUCUGGAUAAUGGCAACUUUAAACUACCUUCCUUUGACAUGGACUACACACCAGAGGACCUUGCAUCUGUUCCACCAGUCCAGUUUGACCCAUAUGAACGAGAACUCCGACCGCUGGUCUACUUUACACCCCCGUACAAAACACUCUUUGAUACCCAGCUGGAGAAACCCGUUGCAGAGGAGCCCAAAGACCCCAGUACCUCAGAGGAAGUAGGAAGUGGAGAAGAUACCGAUUGUGUUGCACAGCUGAAAGAGCUGCUAGGAAGCAUUGGAGAAGAAAGAGAUGUCCGCUGGGUCACCGCUCUGGAAGAAGCAUCAGGACUACUUGCCAAAGGCUUAACAUGCCUUGUUAAACGGAGCGAAGUGGAAGAGCAUGUCAGUGUUUUAGCCCAGUGGACUCUCCAAGCAUUAAGUAUGGAGAUUGCCCUCACACAACCAAUUGCCGUGAAUCUCAGACAACUAAAAGCAGGCGCCAAGUUGGCGUCGUACCUAGCAGAGUGUCCUCAGGGCCUGAAGGCCCUGCUCCAUGAUGGGGCUUUGGACGUGCUGUUGGAACUCCUCCAUAGGGACCAUGUCUCCUCUACAUUGAAACUUAGUCUUCUCAGGGCACUUGAUGCUUUGAUUAGUUCUCCUGUUGGUGUAGAGGCUUUCCUCAGUGCUGGAGAGUCAGAGAAGACUGGCUAUCAGCGUUUAGUGCAACUGUUCCUCCGAGAUGAAACAGUGAGAGUCAUUACUGCUGGCAACGCUAUUCUUCAGAAAAGCCACAUGUUUGAGAUACUGCUUGAUCUACGGCGUACAGCAGCAGCGUGGAGUGAACCUCAGCAGGAUGAGAUUGAAGAUGCUGAAACCCCCAUGGAGGAGGAGCCAGCCUUAAGCUCCUCCGCUGUGAGCGAAGCAGAGCUUGAUCGGUUGGUAGGUUCUCUGGAGGAGUUGUAUCAGCUGCUAGAGACCGCCCCUCACUGCAUGGUGCAGCCCCCGGGGAAAGCUUUUCCAACUUCUGUGAGAAUAACAGGACCACAGGAAAGAGAUGAUCCAUACCCAACACUCUAUAGGUACCUGCAUGCAUGCCAUUUUCUGGAGAGCACAUCAGUGGUGCUUUCUGCAGCAGCGGCGGCCGGACACUUGGGCGUCACGCAAGCCGUGAGAGAGCUCCUUCGUUUUCUGUCACUUACUCAGUCGGGUUUGCUCUUCCUUCUCGCCCAACCCACUCCCACCAACUUGCUGUUGCGCCUUCUCGCAUCCGUGGCGGAAAAUGACAGCGAAGAGACUGCCUUCACUGGAGGAGAGGGAGUACUCAAUGGCCCCGGGUUUGGUGAAGAGGGCUUCGGCGUGUGGAUCAUGCAGGCCCUGCAUGCUCUCCAGGGGGUUUCAGAACUCUUGAACCAUGUGACUUCAGGGGGAGAAGGACGAGUGUGUUUGGAUGAAGGUGACAACCCAGAGGUCUUAGCUAUGCUCCAUUCACUUUAUCUGAUGACCUUCACCGCGACGGGUCGCAGUGCUGUAGCACACGUUUUAAGUUUGGACAAUAACCUGUCCUGUCUGGUCACGCUGCUUCAGCACUACAGCAAGGAAGGACAAAGUGAAGCCAAGACUCGCAAAGCUGUGACGUAUAACUAUGCAUGUAUGUUGGUCUUGCUGGUGGUGCAAAGCUCAAAUGAACUUCGGAUGAUGGAACAAUAUGCUGCGCCACUGCUCUCUAUUGCCAAAGUCGACGACACCAAUGCGAAGUUACAGGAGCUGAGCAAAUGGCUGGAGCCUUUGGAAAAAUUGCGCUUUGAAAUCGGAAGCAUCUCGCCACUUCUCGACUAUGUCAAACAGAAUGUGGAAAACGUGUUGACUCCUGAGGGAACUGGGUUGGUCACUGCUCUCAGAGUGAUCUGCUACAUUGCCUGCCCCCUGCCUCCUGUUGGAGGUCAGCAAAGGGACCUGAAGUGGAGUCUUGCCUGUGUUCAGCUGUUCUCCGGCGAGGGCUUGGAUACAUGCGUACGCGUCUUGCAGAAGUUAUGCAGUGUUCUUUUGCAGCCGUGGCGCUUGCAUGGAAACAUGGGCCCAACGCCUCAGCGCUGUAUGAUCUUCCAUGUGAGCAUUAGCACGCUGCGGUUGUUGCGCACCAUGCUAACGGAGCUGCUCCGCGGAGGCACUUUCCAGUUCAGGGACACUCGCGUGGCCAACAUUUUGGUCAUGCUCCACAUGAUAGUUUGUUCCAUCCCUGCAUCGGGACGACUUGAUGGGGAAGAAUCCAGAGUACAGGCUCUUAUUGUUGAUGUAUUGCUCACUUUUACACACGGUGUCAACGAAGAGGUGACACAUACAGAGGAAACUCUGGCCAGUAACACGUGGUCACUGAUGCUAAAAGAGGUUUUAGUAUCAUUACUCAAGGCCCCUGAAGGGCUCUUUUCUGGUCUUACGCUAUUGUCUGAGCUCCUGCCGCUGCCCCUUCCAAUGCAAAGCACUCAGGUGUUGGCAGUACAAGACGUCGCAGUGGCCUUAAACACAAGGAAAUUGUGGAGCAUGCAUAUACGAGCACAGUGGAAAGUGUUUUCCGAGGCUUUGCGGUGUGUUUGCGCCACCAGCUGCCCUCCACUCUUGGCCAUUCUCAGGAGAGUUUGUCUUCAACUGGCUGACCUGUCUUCACCCACUGCAACACUCAUCAUGAAGACCUUACUAGAGUUGCUCAUGGAGGAACUACAACCGUAAGUGAUGGACACCAAUGUGUACUAUGGCUAUUUUUAUUAUUCUUUAAAUUGACACAAAAAAGACAAAAUGUUCCUCUUGCAGGUCUUGCGACUGCUUUCUUUGACUGAUGCGCUGGUAUCACAAAGAGCUUGUAAAUGUGCUAUGCUGCACCUGCUGUCUGGGUCGGUGUCUGGAGAAGAACAGUUGGCAGAACUCUUCCCCUUGCUGUUGCCACUCCUGGUACCGACAGCCAACUCCUUGUUACAGCAACAGCAAUGCAGCGAACUCAUGGGAACAAUAAUACAGUCACUGUGUGACCAGGACAUUUCACUGGUAUUAUCUCAAGGGGGUGAAAGCUGCAUGUCAGAGGUAGAACAGCUGGCCAACGCGCUUCCCAGCCGAGAAAUGAUGUCAUCCAUUUGCAACUCUUUGAUGGAGGUUUUGGGGUAUAGGGACAGCAGUGCCCCUCUCCUUCUCACCUGUAUUAGGACUCUAACAUUCCUCACAGAGCACGACUAUGGACUUUACCACCUCAAAGUAGCUCUGAAGAAACACAGUGCAAGUUUAUUCUCACUUCUGAAGAGAUUGUCAUUUCCCUUCAACAAGGAUUCUGCAGACCUCCUGUCCCCUUUGUUGGAUUUUCUUCGACAGAUUAUGAACGCAGAACCAGUGGUGAGUUUUAAUGGAUGCUGUCAUGAGGAGGGUCAGGUUUCUGUCGAGGAGUCAUCCUUUGUUUCUCCUCAACGGUUGCUCAGUGCAUCUGAGAUAAAGACUCUCUUGCAAUGGGAAAAGUCUGACUCUCAUCCUCUUUCAACAUUUGAGAAACAAAUCAAGAAACUCUGUAAGGAGGAUGAUACACUGGAGACCCUGUUAGAGAGCGUAACUGUCUUGCGACAAACGGUGGACACUGCUGCAGAUGAGCCUCCUGCAGUUGACGUUGAACCCACUCUUCCAGCUCCUGAGACUCUUGCAAUUCAGUUUAACCACAGGACCGUUUUUAUUCUUUCCGAAGCUCUUGAUGAGCAAAUCAAGGCUCUUUGGUUUUCUCCUUUCCAAACUGAUGAUAUAGAGACUGAACUGGACAUGGUGAAGGUAGAUUUGGUGGGUUUGGCCCAGGAAUGUUGUCCAGAACUGGACCUGAAGUCAGAACUGGAGCGCUCCUUCCUGUCGGAGCCCUCCUCGCCUGGUCACGCCAAGGCUCAAAAAGGCUUCAGACUAGGGAGACACAAGCACGAGACCUUCAUUACAUCCAGUGGUAAAUCCGACUACGUGGAACCUGCGAAGAGAGCACACAUUAUGGCAGCUCCGCGUGGUAGGGGAGGUCGAGGGGGCUUAGGACAGAAUUUCUGCAGACCCCAUGACAUCUUCCGUCAGCGCAAACAGAACACUUCCCGUCCUCCCAGUAUGCAUGUGGAUGACUUUGUGGCAGCUGAGUUCAAAGACAUUACCACACCCAUUGGACUUUUGCCUCCUAAACGACCUCUGAAGAGUUCCCCCAAGCUCCCCACAAGAGGACUUUUCACAGGCAACAGAGGAAGAGCCACCUUCCAUAAUCAGACUCGCUUUUUCACUCCACCACAGCCUAAAAGUGUAUUACUCUCUGGUAACUACCCUCGCAGGGAAGGAGGUCGAGGUUCAUCAUGGAGCGCACAAGUCCCAGCAGUCACUCACAGAGGAACCUACAGUGAACCUCGGGGAGGCCAGAGCAACUUCACACGAGGACCGCUGCCCUCACGACAACUUCCUGCCAAUGCAUAUCGCCUGGCUCCGCGUGAUCGUGUGCCACGAGGCCGUGGUGGCACCGGGCUGUCGUGGCUCAGCGGAGGAGGGGGAGGAGGCGGAAACGUGGGCGGUGGAGGCGGCGGUGGUGGAGGGAGAGGCUCCCAAGUGAGCAAGUUUAGCGGCGGGGGAGGGAGCGGAGGCGGGAGGGGACGACACGUCCGCUCCUUCACCAGGUAA